GGCAUGUACUAGUAUCCCUUCACUGAUCUCCUACAAGGAAGAAACAAAUAACUUUGGAGAAGAAAUGGACAGACAUGAUCUUGUGGCCUUCAACAAAAAUGACGAUGAGAGACUGUCUCUUGGGAUGGCUUCUUUGGAACCCAGAACCACAGUAGAAACCAAUGGUUCCUCAGAUGGACCUCUAGAACUGACUAAAUCUGGUUGGGCUGCACCUGAAUGGAAAUGCACCGAGCAAACACAGAGCAACCCAAUAAAAAGAAAUGACACUUCUGCUGAGAGAGCCAUCAGUUUAAUUGAAUCUGCAGGGUUUCCUUCUACUAGGGCUUCUGUAGACGUGGAAAUGGUGCACAAAGGGGAUGACCAAGCAAACAAAAGAUCUGAUGAGAAAAUACCCGACAUAAUUGAGAGUGCUGAGUUGGGUUCUAGUUGGCAUUCUGAUGAACACAACAUUCAAAGAAGAAGCAAUAUUGGAGAUUCUAAUGUUAGUCACACCACCACACUGCAAUCUAUUUUGCAUUCUCCAAACAUGCAAAGAAGCGUUUCUGAAGAACCAAAGGUUGUAGCUGAUGAAUUGCAUCUUCAAGAAGAAGGCAAUGCGGGAGAACCAAAUGCUAGAGCUGAUGAUAUGAAACUCAAUGAAAUUAAAGAUGCUGUAUUUCCACCAGUAGGGUCCUGUGUGAAACCAACUCUGCGAAGUAGCAUAUCUGUUGAAGAUGUCAAUGUUUUAGCAAGGGAAGAAGCACCCAAUUCUGUUCAUGAUAAAGACACUAGAGACACACAUGGAGAAAAGACAUUUACCUCAUUUGAUGGCUCUAAAUUUCCUCAUAGCGAACCAGUUUUGGAGUUGGGGGUUGAGGGGGAUAUAGAGGAACAUGUUAUAGUUAGGGUUGAAGGAAGGUUUAGUGUUCACAUCUAUAAAUCAAGCAAUCAAGAUCUAGAUAUGGUUGGUGGGCUAGACUAAACAUCCAAAUUCACAUACUACCACCAAUUCUACCACUGUCUUGCCUAAACAUUCGGUGUCUCGCGAGAUGCAGAAAAAUAAUCUCAACAUAUUCCAUGGCAGUAUUGUGUGUCCUCAAAAUUGUCCCACAAAGAAAUGUAUCUGGAAGGGGAACUUUGAGAUUACUGAUAUUGCUUCAGUUGUCAGAGUCUUUGAAGGGUUCUCUGCUCAUCCAUCAUUUAAAGUUUGUCGUAGAGCUUACAACUUCUCAAAGAAGAUGCCUUCAACGCUGGAAUUCCUCGUGCAUCCUCGAACUAAAUACUGGCCCACGAUUUUUGAGGAUUGUCCCGAUACAGACGAUAUUGCUUUGUACUUUUACCCGAAGAACAAGCAGGCCACACAUGGUUACACUUCACUGUUAAAGUUCAUUGAAAGCAAGGAUUUGAUGCUGAGGAGUCAGAUGAGUGGUGAUGUUGAGCUCCUUCUUUUCCCCUCCAGAGUGUUAGAUGUGAAAUGCCAGACAAUAAAAAACAGUUACUUUCUCUGGGGAGUCUUUUGCACUAAAAGAAAAUGAAGGAUUGGAUGAGUAUAUGCUAUAUCCAUAAUUAGAGGAGACACAAUUUCUACGUUGAUUUUAGUAUCAAACAUUUAAAGCUAUGAAGAUGACCAGUCAGAAUGAACACAACUGAUUAUU